AUCAUCCAUAUCAUAUUGACAGCAUAGAUAAUAUUGGCAGUGCCGUUGAGCUGUCGAAAACUGUAAGUUUUCGGCAUUUUUUGUUUGUUUGUUUUGUAGCAGCAGAUAAAUUAGGAAACACGCAAAAAAUUAAACAAUUUCCUUUUGAAAUUUUGUCUUCGUGCAAUAGCGCCAAGCAACAUUAACCAAUGUGCAAUCAACGUUAAUUGGGUCUACUAAUUGGCUGCAUACACAACUUUGGCACACAACCUGCAGUAACGCAACAAACGAAUAUACUAUCCGAAAUCCAAUAAGAUGCUACCUGCCACAAUAUUUCGCCAGGUGCAAUGCACGCGCAAUAGGCUAAGUAAAAAUCUUACAGAUUUAAUCGGCCUGAGUACCGCCGGACAGCCUGCGCAUGGUGUCAAUUGCUUGAAUCGGUAUGCGGCUGCUACUGGUUUCAUACGCAUCUCGUUUCUAGACUUCAACCAGCACCGAAAUUGGGAUAUAGCGAGGUUACGUCAAUAUGCUGAUGCCAAAAAGAAGUCGUUGCAUUUGCGAACGUUGCAGGGCCGACACCUACUACAAGAUGUGAUAGACAAGAAGCGCGAAAGUUUUAUAGAACGCAAAAAUGUGCUGGUGGAAGAUAUACGUGGAGCGCGUGACAAGGUACAAGAACGCGUACGUGAAAGAAUGGAAGAGGUCAUUGAGCAUGAAAAUAUAUUGACCAUACCGAAUUUGUUGACUGUAGGAAGAGCGUUUUUGUCACCAUACAUUGGGUAUGUCAUAGUGCAGCAGGAUUAUGGGCUAGCAAUGGGAUUACUGGUGGUGGCUGGCGUGACAGAUUUGUUGGAUGGGCAGAUCGCUAGAAGGUGGCCUAAUCAAGCGAGUAAGGCGGGUUCGUUCCUAGAUCCAAUGGCAGAUAAACUACUCAUUGGAUCGUUAGUCAUAUCAAUGGGUUUUGGCGAAUUGCUGCCAUGGUGGCUGGCGGGCACGGUGCUCUUUCGUGAUGUCUUCCUACUAGCUGCUGGUUUUGUCAUACGUUAUAUCAGCUUGCCACCACCAAAAACCUUCACGCGCUACUUUGAUGCAACAUAUGCGACUGCACAGUUGGAGCCCACAUUUAUUAGUAAGGUCAAUACUGGCGUGCAAUUAUCAACGAUUGGCAUAAGCUUAGGUGCUCCUAUAUGGAAUUAUAUCGAUCAUACUAUGCUGCACGGGAUGUGGUAUUUGACUGGUGCUACAACUGUAGCCGCUGCUUUAAGUUAUAUAUUAAACAAAAAUACAUUUAAGAUAAUCAGAAAGAAAACGCAUGAUUCGUAGAAGUAUUGGCAUUGUCGGGCAGUUGAAGUUGUACAUAUUUGUAUAUACUCGUAAUUUUUUAUGAUCAAAACCAAAAAAUACCAGAAUUAAACGAAAAGUUUUGCUGCCAUGGCUGCAACGCCUUAUAAACAUAACAAGAAAACAAAAAUUUUAGCUGUAAGAUUCAUUACAACUGAGUUGACAAAAUCGUUGUGUUGCUAUUAAUUUGAAUUGGUAAGCUUUCAAUGAUGUUAAACAUAUUUUAUUUUUCGAUUAUGCUACUUAGUUCACUUCUGUUUAUCUAGUUUUCGGGGAAAUGCUUUUAUUUAGUUUCUUAAGAAAAAUGAAGCUCUUGAAAUGCUGGGCUAACGGCCAGUCCCAAGUGCUUUACAUAACUGCUUACCAAUAAUUCAAAUUUCAGUUAUAUUUUAUUUAAUUUAUUGAAUAAAGUUGCAAAUUAUUUUUUUCAAAGA